UUCCCGCCAACACGCGCGUUCUCUUUUCAAAUCGCUAUCAAACUGCGCGACCAUUGUUUUUAUUACUUUUUAAAACAAAAUAAUUUGUUUUUAAUUAGUUAAGAGGUUUUAGAUGCCUACCUACCGACUUAUUUUUUAAUUAUACAUAUUAGGUUAUUAAUUAAAAAUGUUGACAUUAAAGCAGAUAGUGAUAUUUUUACUAGUAAAUUCAGUGUUAAGUGAGAAAGUGUUCCAAAGUGUUCCAGUGACUGUGAAAACUUAUGAGAAUGAUACUGUUCUCUUACCCUGUUACAUAAAUGAUUCUGAAGCGAAGCUGCGCGUGCGCUGGUACAAAGACAACCAGCUACUCGGCGACAGUGCGGACCCCAACCACCUCCUCCCCCCGCGGACACGGAUGCACGCUAAUUAUAGUUUACAAGUUGACUUGCUGAAAGCUGAAGACACGGCUGAUUAUACUUGCGAGGUAAUCCGUCCAGAACCUUGGGGACCCAUAAGACAAACACAUUCUAUUGAAGUUCAAUACUCCCCAACUAUAAAGACGAUACCAGAAGACGGCUUCCUGGAGGUGAAGAAGGGAGAGUAUGUGGACAUCGGCUGCGACGUCUCCGGGACACCAGCACCUAUCGUGGACUGGAGGAAGAAUGGGGACCCAAUGGCUCUACUGGAGCACCGUUCCCGCAUCAGGUUCAAGGCUGAACACCGCCUGCUGGCCGGCGUGUACGAAUGUACCGCCAACAACGGAGUGGGGGCCCCUGUCAGCGCGCACAUACGUGUCCUUAUACAUGACGCCCCAGUAGUGACAGCUGAGCGUACAUUCGUGCAUACAGCGAUAGGGCUCCGCGCGGCGCUUGAGGCUCGCAUCGAGUUCGCCGUGCCGCCCGCGCGCACCGCUUGGUACCGGGAUGGGAGGCCCGUCCAGACCCAUGAUGACAGGAUAGUGAUGAUGGUAAAAGACAACCUGCACCAGCUGAUCUUCCGUUCUGUCCGUCUGUCUGACCUGGGCAACUACACCUUCAGAGCUCAGAACAAACUGGGCAUGGCUGACAUUGCCUUCAAACUUACAGGGGUUCCUAACGCCGCAUCAUUCAAAGUGGAUUCUGCGCUGAACAAACCAACAUCAACCAGUUUUACCCUUAUUUGGGAAGUAGACUCCUACUCUACUAUUAUUGAAUACAACCUAUGGCUGCGUCCAUACUUCGGCAGGACAUCAGAGGUUGACGGGAUCACGACGGAGCCGCCAGUCAACAUGUGGAGGAAGAUCGUCGUGCCUGGAGACGCUAAUGAUGGACCAAUCCAUAGCGCAAGGUACACCGUCAGAGGGCUAACUCCAUCCACUGUUUAUGAAGCUAUCGUCACUUCAAGGAACAGAUUUGGCUGGAGUAAACAAUCGGCCGUCUUGCAUUUCGCUACGGAGCCAGGAACGGGUCGUAGGCCAUCCACAGCAGACUACUCAGAAAUCACACCGUUACUGGAGGAACCAGAAUCGGACUCCGAGCCACAGGCACACAACAUCACUCAAGCUCAGGUGUUUGGGCGGGAAAGUUCAAGCGGGGCGCGGGAAACGCCAUCUUUGUCCGCCAUUUUGUUUAUCGUUGGAAGUUUAGUUUGUUUUGUCUCGUACAACCAUAACUCAGUUUAAUAUUCAAAUAAAGUACAUUACUUAUCAGUAAUUUAUAUCCUACAAAUGAGUUUUUACUUUUUUAAACAAAACUUUACCAGUUCGGCAAUAACUAUUAUGUAAGUGCCUACAACGCGCAAAACAAUGAAAAUUAAUAAUUAUUAACAUUUAAAAAGAAUAAAAUAUAUACGUAUUAUUUUCCCCAGAAAAUAAUGUAAAUAGGUAAGUUUAUUCAUUUGAUUCAUUAGCAAUGAAAGUUGAAAAUAUAUUGCCAGAGCUAAAUAACACCGCAAUUCGUCCAGAAAAUGAAUAAGUUAAAGAUUUAAUUAGUAUAUAAUGUUCCUUCUUUACUUUUAACUUUACUUCUAUAGCGCUAUUUUAUAAUUAAUAGUUAUUUAUAAGUUUAAAAUGUAAAUAAUUGACAUUAUAUUUUGCUAAUGAAAUAAAAAUUAUGUUUUAUUUCUCUUUUUAAGUCUUUCAGCCGGCUCGGGUAAGCAUCAUAUUAUUGCUACAAUUAAUAAACAACGAUAAUAUUUUUAUUACGAUUAUUUAUUCCAUAUUUCAAUACAUUUAAUUUUAUUAAUUAAACAACCAACUGACACCGCUGGGGCGCCUUACAAAUUUACUUUUUGGUUUGUUAUAAUUUUAUCUGCUUUUACAUAUUUCCCAAUGUAUUAAUUUUAACCUUAAAAAUAUAAUUUAAAAUUACUACAGUAAAUAUUUUUAAAGUCUCUUUAUAUUUCUAGCUUUUUAUGUUUAGUUUUUGGAAAACGGAAAAUAUUAUAAAUUGGAUAUAUCGCUUUUCGAUUUUUAGAGUUAAAAAACAAAUAGUUAAAAUACAGUUCCUUAAUGUUAAACACUUAACAUUUAUUACAUUAUAUAAUUAAAAACUAGAAGAAUAAUUAAUGAAUUAAUUACGCGGAGUAAUAUUUUGUUCUGAAAAAAUAAGGUUCUUUCUUAUGUUGAGGUCCGUCACUCGAUAAUUCUGGUGUCUGUGUGUUACGGCCUUAACUAACAGCUUUUGGUUCCCGUCAUCUAAUGCUCGCAAUCACAUUUUCUAUGUCUACAUUCAAGAAAAUCGUGAUCGCAAUCGAAAAAUAUAAAA